CUCGUUAAUUUAAGAAAACGGCGGUGUUGCCCCCAGUGACGUCAAACCUGAGCAGGGUGGAUGACAGUAAAAGUUAAGAGUCGCGCUCCGGGUCCCGUCAAGCUUCUACGUCACGAUCGCCCGCAAUUUCAGCACGUGGCUGAUGUGAACGCCGUUCUUCCGGUCCCCUCGCGGUUACCUCGCUCUUGGCUCUGCGGAGUGAGCCGACAGAGUCCUUUAUCUAAUCGUAUGGGCUAAGUCAUAAUUACAUUAACACAAAAGGGUCGAGGAACGACAGCACGCUAUGGGGCACCCCUGAUCAGGAUCAUUUUAAAAACGUCUCCACGUCAGUUAAUACCCGAUAUCCUUAGAGAUGUAAUUAGACUGACCUGUCUGUUUUGUAAAUAUGCCCUUACUAUAUAUAUAUACACACACACCAACAUGGCAACUUGCGCUCAGCCAGUGACCUAACAGAACCAGUCUCAUUCUUCUGGGAGCUUACUGGGUUCCGCGCAGAGGCGCAGUGCGCGCGCGCCUCCUGCCAGGGCUCUCGGUCCCCGAGGUGGCGGGGUCUCGAGCGCCUCCCCCGCUCUGCCCGCUCUGAGAGCGAGACGCGGAUUCUCCCGACUUGGACCCUCCCUCCCCUCCUCUCCCCAAGUAGACGAGCAGCGGGAGCGCUCAGCGGUCUGCAGUCGCGCAGGCGGGCACCCGGCGAGCGUGUGCGAGCGAGGGAGCGUGCAGGGAACCCCACUAGAAUGACAGCGCUGGCCCGGCCGUGCACAGCCGCCGGUCCCCGAGUCGAGCAGAGGCGCUAGACGGGCCCCACUCUCUGUGCGUGGGCGGGGGGGGGGUCGGAAUAAAGCCAGCACCAGCCCAACAGCACCCCGCGGUUCUUACUCCAGACAGCCAGGUAGCGAGCGGAACAUGUCGACCACCGAGUAGGAGACGAGCCGACGGGGUGUCCCCAGAGAGCCGAUGUGUCCAGAGCCCGGGGCGACCCGGGCGGCUCUGACGGGGACCAGGAGGAGACGGGGCGGAGAGGCGAUGCCGGACGGGCGGGUGGUCUGCGUGGUGCUGCUGGUGCUGCAGCCUCAGGUCCUGCAGGCGGUGGGGGUGUUCGAGCUCCAGAUCGAGCAGCUCCAGAACACCAACGGGCUGCUGCUCGGCGGGGGGUGCUGCGACGGCGGGGGCGGGGGCGGCGCGGGGGGCCGCUGCCCCCAGGCGGACCAGUGCGACACUUUCCUCCGGGCGUGUCUGAAGGAGUACCAGGUGCGGGUGUCGCCUACGGGGCCCUGCACCUUCGGCGCGGGCAGCACGGGCGUCCUGGGGGGCAACAGCUUCUCCCUGCGGCACCGGACCCCCGGCGAGCAGGUGGGGCGGAUCGGCAUCCCCUUCAAGUACGCCUGGCCGAAAUCCUUCUCCUUGGUGCUGGAGGUGCUGGACCAUGACAAUGACACUGUAGGGGCAGGUAGGUGGGGCAGCUUCCUGUGAUGUGAUUGGUGUUUGGGAAGGAAGAAGUCAUUAGUCUCUGACCUUGAUGACUGGCUGCUCAUUACAUCACCCAAAGCAAUGAUCGGCUGGUCCUGACAUUGCCCACGUUUUUUGUUUUUUCAUUUUAAUUUUCUUUUUUUUUCAUUCUGGGGUUUCAUCCUGUGUUUUGUUUGAACUCUCAGUCACCUCAAUUUUCCCUUCCAAGCCAUGCUGACAACACUCACAGCUUACGACAGAACACAACAUCCACCCAACCACUGAUCACAACCUGCAAGGCCAGCCCUCCUUGUCUCCCCCUGGAGUCCAUCAAGUGCUCAUUCCUUCCUGCCCUUAAGUAGGAAGGAAACUAUCAUUAAAUACUGGGUUUAACUUGGGAUUACAAGGCCACUUGAGAGUGUUUUCAUUUAUUUUUGCUUAACUUUUGCUGUCCCAGUAAGAAACUGAAGUCUUAAUUAGAACUGAGCUUUUGGAGAACGUUGUGGCCCAAUGCUGUUUAUGGAAAUGUGGAUUCUGACUCAUUAUUCCACCUCAAGAACGACAUGCUGGCAAGAAGAUGCCCCAAGAGGCUCAGUGAGCGACAGUGAACCAUCCCCAACUUGUGGGGACUUUUCUAGGCAUGACUGUAGCAAACAUCAACAACAGGCACUGGAGCUUUCCAAAACUGUCAUCGUGUAGACCGCUGCAGCUGACCGACUGUCUGCCUGCGCCGGCCCAGUUUCGACCCAGUUCACUGAGAAACUGUCUGCCUGCGCUGGCCCAGUGUUGACCCAGUACACUGACAGACUGUCUGCCUGCGCCGGCCUAGUGUCGACCCGGUUCGCUGACAGACUGUCUGCCUGCGCCGACCCAGUGUCGACCCGGUUCACU